CCUGAAGUCUCUGGGUCCAGAAUGCCCCGCCUCUAAAAAGAAAUGUCCUUUGGGCCAUUGGCGUAUAGUUGGGAGGGAGCCGCCAGCCAUCCUACGCCUGACAUGGUGAAACAGAAACAGACUCCACGACGCCUCAUGCUCCACCAUAGCCUUGAGAAAACAUAGUGCUCUAGUUUCUUUUUAUUUUGUCUUUGAGGCAUUUGCUGCCUCCAGGACAACACGAUCAACACGAUCAUCCUCGAGUGCCUCAUCUACGUCGCCUCGCUCAAGACCUUCGUUCCCUGAAGCUACGAUGUCUCAACGACUGCACAAUACGGAGGGUUGGGAAGACGAUAAGGGCCAAGAGCAGCCUCACCCUGCACCUCUGCAACAAAUUCCCGCCGCCACCGCUAUGUCCGCUACCCCUAUGCCCGCCCCCGGGCCCCCAGCGGCUCCAGCUACCGGUUCCGCCGAUAUAGAGACGUCCGCCGGCUACAAGAUUUCGUGGAAACAACUCUUCAACAAACUCAUCCACUUCUUCCUAUUUGAAUGGGUCUGCGUGGAUAACAAAAGCCCGAAGCAGGUAGAAAAUCUAUAUUACAACUUUCCCAUAUCACGUAGCCAUAUUCGCUUACUUCAACUGUUGCCGUCUAAGAACAAGGACGCCGCAAUACGCUGUAAGCUCUUUUGCACCGCAUUGGACUCAAAAGACACCGCAUUGGACUCAAAAGGCACUCGUCCGUACGAGGCCUUAUCCUACGUGUGGGGCUCCAAGGCCAAGCCUUGUUCCAUCUCUAUAAACGGGUGCGACUUGGCGAUCGGAGAAAACCUUCACGCAGCGCUGUUACAUCUUCGAGAUCACUCCAUUGAACGAACUAUAUGGAUAGAUGCCAUUUGUAUCAACCAAGAUGACGAAGAAGAAAAAGGACACCAAGUUCAAUCUAUGGCGAAGAUCUACGCUAAAGCAAGUCGCGUAAUUGUUUGGCUUGGAGAAGAGGCAGCCGGUAGCGACCAAGCACUCGAAGAAAUACGCAUCGCAGCCAAGCGCGACCAAGCACCCGAAGAAAUACGCAUCGCAGCCGAGCUAUCUACAAGACGAUUAGAUAAUAAAGCGGGAAUCCUUACACUGCUUCAACGAUCGUGGUUUCAACGCAUCUGGGUGCUUCAGGAAGUUGCCGCGGCUCGCCAUAUCCUGAUCAAGUGUGGUUCUACUGAAAUUGACGGAUUUACAUUCUGCUCAGGCCUAAAAGCAUUGAACCUCUCCAAUGAACUCAGCGCAGACCUGCAGGCUCGAAUCCUUUCGGUAACCUACCUCAUACGGGGCGCAAUCUUCCGGCCCAAAUACGUCUACGCAACCAGUCAGGCGGACAACUUUUCUCUUGACAUACGCCCUUUGGGUGAACUGGUAGAGAUGUACCACACCCGCGAAGCUACGGAUCGUCGCGAUAAAGUAUAUGCCUUACUCGGUAUGAGCUCUGAUAAUCCAACCGCAGCAGGAUUGUCCGCCGACUACACGAUUCCGUGGAAACAACUCUUCAACAAACUCAUCCACUUCUCCCUAUCUAAAUUGGUCUCUGUAGACCUUUCGGACAAUGAGGAGAUUGCCGUCAUUGAGGGCAAGGGCUGCAUUCUUGGCGAAGUGUCCUCGGUCACGAGAAAUGCUACUUGGGAAGACAGACAAGAUGUGGCCAUUACUUGGAGGAACGCCUCCAGCUAUCUGGUUUACAGGGAGGAAGAAUUGGUCUUUUGCUGGACCCUCCCGACCACCGCAAAAUCCGUCCAAAAAGGAGAUCUUGUCUGCCUUCUUCAAGGAGCGUCGAGACCCACGAUCCUCAGGCCAUACAACGAUCACUGGGCAGUUAUAAUGAUUGCAGUUUCCCCAGCAGGCGAUUCACAAGCUACGACCAAAGAUAUUAAGUGGCCUGAACUUUUACAAUCGAUAACAGUCUUUCCACACAAUUUUCGACUUGAGUGGAAUUGGGAUAUAAAUCCAAACAAGCAGCAAGAUAAAAACAACCACGACUACUUUGCAAGCAUUCUAGUACCAGAGCAUUCAAAGACAUGGUGGGAAGGUUGUCUAAAGGCGGCGACUAGGAUACGGAAUGUCAGAUUGGCAUUACAAGAGGUGAAACAGUAUGGAGUUGCAGUGAAGAAUCUUCGGGAAGAAACGGCGGUUCUUGAGAGGGCAUUGAGGAGCAUGAGCAACCUAAAAAAGACUUGCUUAGGUCCGGAGGAUUCAGAAGAGGAAGAUGCAAAGGAAACAAUGGUAAAUCAACUUAUUGAAGACAAGGGCCAAUGGACGCUUCUAUGCUUGGCGGUAGAAAACGGGCAUGAGACGGUCGUAAAAUUGCUUCUCGACACCGGCAAGGUCAACUUGCAUAGGGAGGAGCUACGGACGGCGCUGUGGCUUGCGGAGCAAAAAGGCUAUAAAGCGGUUGUUAAGCUGCUUCUCGAUACUGGCAAGGUUGACGCAGAUCCUAAGGAUAGGUAUGGACAGACAGCGCUGUAUAUGGCGGCAGAGAAUGGGCAUGAGGCGGUUGUUAAGCUGCUUCUCGAUACUGGCAAGGCUGAUGCAAAUCUUAGGGAUAAGGAUAGACGGACAGCGCUGCAUAUGGCGGAAGAGAAUGGGCAUGAGGCGGUUGUUAAGCUACUCAGCCUUGCAUCCUAAGAGGCAGGCUUGGAGGGCAACUCCACCUCGAGUCAGCCUUUCGCAAUC